AUGCCUGGGAAGAGGCCCCCAAGUGCAACUGUCAGCCCCAGUGCCAUAAGGGAGCAGAAGGCAGUUACCCUCGACGUCAAAUUGGAAGUGUUGAGACGUUUCGAAGUGGGUGAAAAGCUCAGUCAGAUCGCAAGGGCCUUAGGCCUGGCCGUCUCUACUGUGGCGACCAUCCGUGAUAAUAAAGAGAAAAUCAAAGCGAGCUCACGAACAGCUGCUCCCCUGCGAGCCUCGCGGUAGACUCAACAUCGAAGCGCAGCAAUGGAGACCAUGGAGCCGUUGCUGAGCCAAGUGGCUCAAGACCAGAGCCAGCGAAAUGUGCCCCUGAGUAUUACCAUCAUCCGGGAGAAGGUUAAGAGUUUGUUUGAUGACUUACAGCGUGGACAGGGCGAAAGCUCUCCAACGGAGAAGUUUAGUGCAAGUAAAGGAUGGUUUGUGAGGGUCAAGGAGCGCCAUCAUUCGCCCCGCUUCAGGAUGAACAGUGCUCCGGGCAGCAAGAAGGAUGUGUAUUCAGACUCGCUGAAAAGCAUCAUCGAAGAAGGUGAGUACAGCCUUCGGAUGUUUUUUGAUGUAGAUGAGACAGGGCUUUAUUGGAAGAGAAUGCCUGAAGGAACGUUUCUUUCUGUGGAAGAGAAAGCUGAGCUGGGGUUUAAGUCAUCCAAAGAUCGCUUGAUGCUGCUUCUUGGUGGCAAUGCAGCUGGCGACUUUAAGUUGAAGCCCUUACUGGUGUACCACUCUGAAACCCCCAGAGCUCUGAAGGGGUACUCAAAGGUCAAAUUGCCUGUGAUUUGGCUUUCAAACAAAAAGGCUUGGGUAACCAGGAGCAUCUUUCAUGAGUGGUUCACAUACUGCUUUUGCCCUGCCGUUGAAGAAUACUGUGCCCAAAAUAAUCUCACUAACAAAGCAUUGCUCAUCCUAGACAAUGCACCAUGCCACCCAGUAAAUUUGAGUGAUCUUUCUGAAAACAUAAGAAUAGAGUAUCGUCAUGACAGUGCAGCUAACUCAAUCCAGCCCCUGGGUCAAGGUGUAGCCUCUGCUUUCAAAGCUCAUUACCUGAGAAGGACUUUUGAGCAUAUCCUAGAAGCAACAGAUGGUGAGGAUACAGCUACGAUCAGGGAAUUUUGGAAAAACUACAACAUCAUGGAUGCUGUGGACAAUAUCGCAGUAGCUUGGGAGAAACUCAAACCAGGGAUAAUGAACAGUGUGUGGAGGAAGAUUUGACCUGAGUGUGUUCAGUCCCAGAGUUUUUCUCAAACAGAUACCAUUGCACAGCUUCACCAAAACAUUGUGACCCUUGCCAAGAGUGUGGCCUUUGAAGAAGUUGUAGAGACUGACGUGGAGCAGUUGCUGCAGUUCCAUGAAGAUGAUCUCUCAAAUGAGGAACUGAUGCAGCUGGAACAGGAGCAGGCUGCAGGAGAGGAGGAGAGUGCAGAUGUGCCACCUGCCCUGCGUCAGCUGACCACAGGAGAACUGUCGGCAGCCUUCUCGCACUUCGAGGCCGGCUUGCAGGUCCUUACCAGUAGCAGCCUUGAUGAUGAGUGGAAACUGAAAGUUUCAAGAGCAAUCGAUGCAAUACAGUGCUACAGAGAAGUGUACCAUGAGAAGAAGCAGCACUCAGAGCACUUGUCUCAGGUCACUUUGCAGUGUGUGUUACCAGAAGUCAGCCAGAGUGAAGCCAGAAGCACCAAGAUGAUCUCAAGGGCUGAGGCCCAGCCAAGCCUCUCUGUUUCCCAAGGUUUAAGAUCCCUGGAAACCUUGCUGCUGGUAUUUCCAUUUUGGCACUUUAGAAUAUCAUAUUUUGGGGCUGCCCGGUGGCGCACUCGGUAGAGUGCGGCGCUUGGGAGCGCAGCGGUGCUCCCGCUGAGGGUUCGGA